AUGAAUAUAGCUUUAAGACCGCUGGGGAGAUAUGCGAAAGUCCACAUAUCGCAUUCGAACAUUCCGGCAAUCGGUCGUCAUUCGUUUUGGGGCGUGCCGACGUUACGGCUCCUGAAUCUGACGCACAACAACAUAUCAACGGUUCUGGACUAUAACUUCAGAGGCAUGGCAGAUCUCGAGGAGCUGCACCUCGAUUUCAACCGGAUAGAGAAAAUGUCCAGUGGUACCUUUCGAUACCUGACCGGACUCAAAGUGCUCUCUUUGAGGAGCAACGUAAUCUCCGAACUAGUGCCGAGGCUAUUUCACAUGCUGGGGGGCUUGAAAGUUUUGGAUUUGAGCGGAAACCCAUUGAAAGAACUUCUACCAGACGCUUUUAAAGAUAUACAGGAGUUGAGAACAUUGCGUUGCCGCGGCUGUGACCUGCGCAUUAUCAACACCCAACUAUAUCACUUAUUACCGCAACUUCGUGAGUUGGAUUUCGGCGAGAACUCGAUCAACUAUCUCCCCAAAGAAGAUUUUUCUCAACUGAAGAAACUGAAGCACAUGUACUUGGACGGUAAUCGCCUAGCUGUGUUGUUACCCGGAUUAUUUAAACAACAAGCUCAACUAUCGACACUUCAUUUGGCGAAUAAUCGAUUGGUAAAAAUCGCCCCGAAAGCAUUUGAUGGGUUGAACUCUAUAAGAGAACUUAACCUAUCAGGGAAUCAACUUGACGUACUAGAACUGCCAGUUAUGGAACCCGUGAUCGCAACUUUGCAAAGUUUUGACGUGAGUGGAAACCAUCUGGACAUGGAUGAUAUCAGACCAGUUUUGCAGAAUAUGCAUCUGUUGACCAACAUUCGGUUGAGUCAUUUGAAACUAGUGGACUUACCAUUAGAAAAAUUUAUAGCGAUGAACAAAUCGUAA